CGACGUCCGAUUUCAUCCCAGACACGUUCGAUAGGUGCCAUGUCCGGUGAUAAGGCCGGCCACGGCAACGUUGGGAUGUUGUGCUGAGCCAGCAACGCGUGUGAGGCCUGACACUGUCUUGCUGCAGGAAGCGCACACGUGGGUGGGCAGCAAAGAAGGGAACGACGUGAUUGUUGAUGACGUCAUUUUGGUACACGGCUGCAUUAAGUCGUUGUCUGAAGACAUGAAGUUGUGUUCUGUGGUUGAAUGUAAAUCCACCCCACACCAUCAGACUACCCCCGCCCCAUCGGUCGGCCUGCAGAACGCAGCAGUCGGAGUAACGUUCAUGUCGACGUCGCCAUACUCGGAUUCGGUCAUCAGCGUUGGAAAGGUUGUAACGGCUCUCAUCCGUAAACAAAACUUGUUGCUACUGGACACGUCGCCAUUGUUGAUGUUGUUGUGCCCACUGUUGACGUCGUUGGCGGUGCCGAGGGGUCAAUAUUGGUCCCACAUAGAGACGGCGGUUACGGAGUCCUGCUGCCCUCAGACGGCGGCGGACACUGGACCACGUGGGCCAUGCACCUGGUGAACGGUGUGAGUUGCUGGCAUCAUCCGAUUCCUAAGGAUGUACCGGUCUUGGGCUGCGGUUGUCACCCUCGGGCGGCCGGUGCGUGGUCGAUCGUUCACGGAUCCAGUGAUUUGGUGACGUUGGGAAAGUCGUGCGACUGUCGAAUAAUGGCACCCCAAUUGGUUGGCUACAGCAGUACGAGUCUGUCCGGCUUGCAACAUCCCGAUGGCCAUCCCUCGCUGGACUUGCGUCAGUCGCGGCAUUUGGAAAAAUUGAUUCUGUUGUCUCCCACCACUCAAAUUCAAUUUAUGCGAUUAAAUCCAGAUAUUUCUACUGGUAAGUGUUGUCAUCAACAAUGUUCAAACUGGAGUGAAUCGUUUGCAGAGAAAAAAUACGGUUUCAGAUUGCAAGGUCUCUGUUAAUCCAAUGCAAGACAUGUGUCAAUUUAGUUGGUAAUACAAUUAUGGUACACUGUUUUUUUCUUGCAAGAUGUAUUAGGGUUGAAAUCACGUUCCGUGUUCUGUGGAUGCUGGUCUGGUUAAAGCACAGAAAGCUGUAUUAGUUAGUAUAUUUAUUGCCUCUCCAGUGGCCCAGUAUGUUUUCUUGCUCCAAUCAAUGAACAAAAACAUUUCGUCGCAACAGCCAAAGGAACAUGAACAGUGAAAGACACCUGCCUGGUGCCAAGACUGCAAGACAUCACAUUGGGCAUCCAGAUAUCGAAAAGUAUUUCCAGCAACAAAAACAGACCAUAGCUAUACAAAACAUUAUUGAGUUUCUUAGAUGUUUUCAGAGCUAUGAAAACUGUCCAUUGUGUGUAUUUGGAUCUUAGAAUAUCCUUCACUGACAGCAUUAUCUACUUAAAGCAAAAUGUUUCUGUACUUGGCAAGAAAUUUAAUAAAGCCUGGAAUAGUCUUCUUUCAAGAAAGAUGCCGUUGUUCUCUGGAUUUAGU